AUGUCUUCCAGGUACUUGCUAGUUUUGCUCCUGGGAGCGGUGCUUUUCGCCGCUGCCGUCCUCUCCGACGGCCACCACCCUUUCAAAAAAGAGCAUAAACCACACCACAAACACCACCACAAGCAUCCCCCUGGUGGUCGCCGUCUCUUGGAGACCGUCGAAGUCGAGGACUCGCACAAGCCAUUCCCUAAACACAAGCCCCCACACCACGGCCACCCUCACGAGCACAUUCUUGUCGAGGAGGUUGAAAAGGAAGACUCCCACAAAAAGCCAUUCCCCGGCAAGAAACCGCCCCACCACCCUGGCCACUUGCUUGCCGAGGAAAAAGGCGACAAGCCACCACCAAAGCACAAGCCACCCCACGAGGGACACAUUUUGGUAGAGGAGGUGGAAGAGGACUCGAAGAAGCCAUUCCCUGAGCACAAGCCGCCCAAGAAAGGUGAGGAGCCCAAGAAGGGAAAGGGAGAGAAGCCGCCACCAAAGCACAAGCCACCACACGAGGGACACAUUCUCAUAGAGGAGGUGGAAGAGGACUCUAAGAAGCCAUUCCCUGAGCACAAGCCGCCCAAGAAAGGUGAGGAGCCCAAGAAGGGAAAGGGAGAGAAGCCGCCACCAAAGCACAAGCCACCACACGAGGGACACAUUCUCAUAGAGGAGGUCGAAGAGGACUCUAAGAAGCCAUUCCCUGAGCACAAGCCGCCCAAGAAAGGUGAGGAGCCCAAGAAGGGAAAGGGAGAGAAGCCGCCACCAAAGCACAAGCCACCACACGAGGGACAUAUUCUCAUAGAGGAGGUCGAAGAGGACUCUAAGAAGCCAUUCCCUGAGCACAAGCCACCAAAGAAAGGCGAGGAGCCAAAGAAGGGAAAGGGCGAGAAGCCGCCCCCAAAGCACAAGCCACCCCAUGAGGGACACAUUCUUGUAGAGGAGGUGGAAGAGGACUCAAAGAAGCCGUUUCCUGAGCACAAGCCGCCCAAGAAAGGUGAGGAGCCGAAGAAAGGCAAGGGAGAAAAGCCACCACCAAAGCACAAGCCACCACACGAGGGACACAUUCUAGUAGAGGAGGUGGAAGAGGACUCAAAGAAGCCUUUUCCCGAACACAAGCCGCCGAAGAAAGGCGAGGAGCCAAAGAAGGGCAAAGGUGAGAAGCCACCGCACCACAAGCCACCACACAAGCCUCCCACUGAGAACUGA